GUCCUGUCUCGAGCGCACAGUGCGCGUACAGCAGGCGCGACAGACAGCAGAGCGCGCCUCGCACCUCCAAAACAAAAAAAUGGGGCUUGAAAAAGAAAAAGCGGAGACUAGUGUCAUUAUGGAUGAGGAUGAAUUCAAUAGAUCGAUUGAACCUAUACUUGGGAAAAAACCGAAAGUGUAUUCGGAGGUCCCGGACAGAGAUCCUAAAGAUAUUAACUCGCAUUUAAAGGUUGGUUUUGAAGACAUCAUUGCUGAGCCGAUCUCUACACACAGCUUUGACAGAGUGUGGAUCAGCAGUCAUGCUGUGUUUGAGCUGGUGAAAUACGUCUUCUACCGGAUCCUCACCACGUUUCUGGCUAUUCCCUUGGCAUUUAUUGCGGGGAUUGUUUUCGGGAUCCUCAGCUGUAUACAUAUUUGGGUGGUGAUGCCAAUGAUCCAUGGCUGCAUGAUGACUCUCCCCUCCAUCCAAGUGAUCUGGACCAGCUUGAUGGACAUGUUUAUAGGGCCUUUCUUCUUCAGCAUUGGACGGUGCUUGUCAUCCAUCAAUAUCAAGACUGUGCAAAACUGAGCAAGUCUGUCCAAAUCUAACUCCGCAUAGAAGUGUUGCAGAAUCUUUCUGUUUUGUUCUUCUGGCCUCCUUUUUGAGGGUUAUUAGCUGAAGGAUAAGUUGUCCUUGACUUCUGAAGCAAAGAGAAGUGAACUUUUAUUUCACUUCAGUAGACAAUUGAAAUAUUCAUUCCGUUUUUUUAGCCACGGACAUGUCCACCUCGUAAUGGGCGGCGUCAGUGCUUACAUGAUUUUUCAAUACUGUUAUGUAAAGUCUUAUGAAGCCUUUUGUGAUUUUAUUGUAAUGAUUGAGAUUUUUACCUUAAGUAUAAGAUAGUGUGCUACUGCAUGUAAUAUGACAUUGCAAUAAGCUCAUGAUGUGCUUGUAAGGAAAAAAAUAUGCAACUACUUCCAAUAGGGUUGUAGUGUUGUGCGAUUUAUUAUUUAUAUUGUUUGGAGUUGAUUAAUUUUUAUCAACAAGAGUAAAUUAGAUGAUUUGAUGGAAUUUCAAUGUGCAAACUAUUUAUGAUUUUCAGGUACAUUCCUAUUAUAGAGAGCAUUCUAUACAAAUAUCACGUUUUCUUUCGUAUUAAUGACUUCUUUUUGUAAUGAUAAAAUAGAGACCAAAUGGCGAUUAGUUUGACUUGCAAAGCCACAUUUGACAUGCUGUUUGCCAUUGAUUGUGCUUUGUUAGUGGCUCCGCCGAGUAAAUGGAAUAUUUGACUGUGCAAUGGAACAUUAGUGGCUCAGGUGCCGUUUCCUCACCCCUGCUGAAUGAUGUCAUGUAGCAAACAUCUUGAACACAGCUCAGCUUAUGAAAGACAGCACUAAAUGCCUUUCAGUUCACAAAUAAAAUUAUUUUUGGAAUUUGAA